UCGCGGCUGGGGAUCACAUGAGCAAUGGAGUGGCGUAUUGAAGCUGCAAGCAAAGCAAAAACUGCAGCUACAAGCCCACAACAAACAAGCAAAAAUAGAAACUUCCAUCGAUCUAUAGUUUAUUGUUAUUAUUAUAUUCCUCCUCCAAGUUGUUUGCACGUCACUCCCUAAUCCAAGAUGUCCGCCAUCUAUCAGCCCAUUCAAACUUGCGUCACCAUAUCGCUAUCUUUAUCUCUUUUACGUUUCCCAAUAGUUUAUUUCUUCUAUUUAAUUCAAUCUCUCUAUAAAUCCACUUCUUUCUUCUUUUGCCGGGAAUAUCCCUUCUGGGUUUCUCGGCUUUCUUCUUCAAUUCUUGGGGUAUUUUGUUUCUUACUUUCUUUGUUGGACUUUUAUAAGUUUUUCUGAUGGAAAGAUGGGUGCGAGUUGAGGACGCAUUUGGCUUCUGUUCGUGGUGGUGCCUGGGAAUUUCAAAAUUUCAAGGUUUAGUUAUUGUUUGGGUUCUUGCUGGAUUUGGAGUCCUGUGCCGGAUUAAGAGAUUUGUUCAUAUGAGCAAAUCUUGGUGAGUUACAGGAAUUCCACAAGACACAAUCUUUUCUUUAGCCAAGGUAUGGAUAUAAGUAAUGAGGCCAGUGUUGAUCCAUUUUCAAUUGGACCCUCAACGAUCAUUGGCAGGACGAUUGCUUUCAGAGUCUUGUUCUGCAAGUCAAUGUCACAUUUGAGGCGUAAAAUAUAUCAUUUGUUACUGAAUUACUUUCAAAGAUUUAGGGAUGCUUCUGCAUCCAUACUGACAUGGUUGCAUCCGCGGAAUCCUCAAGGGAUAUUGGCCAUGGUAACAAUAAUUGCUUUUCUUUUGAAACGGUGCACGAAUGUGAAAUUGAGGGCUGAGAUGGCUUACAGGAGGAAAUUUUGGAGGAAUAUGAUGAGAACUGCAUUGACAUACGAAGAGUGGGCACACGCUGCGAAGAUGCUUGAUAAAGAGACACCAAAGAUGCAUGAAUCAGACCUUUAUGAUGAAGAACUAGUGAGAAAUAAACUUCAGGAGCUCCGACACCGUCGACAGGAGGGAUCUCUUAGAGACAUUAUCUUUUUCAUGAGAGCUGAUCUUAUAAGAAAUCUUGGUAAUAUGUGUAACCCAGAGCUUCAUAAGGGUAGGCUUCAAGUGCCCAAGCUCAUAAAGGAAUACAUUGAUGAGGUCUCAACUCAGUUGAGAAUGGUUUGUGAUUCAGAUUCGGAGGAGCUUGCACUGGAAGAGAAGCUUUCUUUCAUGCAUGAGACAAGACAUGCAUUUGGGAGAACAGCUUUGCUUUUGAGUGGUGGUGCUUCCCUUGGAGCCUUUCAUGUGGGUGUGGUUAAAACGCUGGUGGAGCAUAAGCUUUUGCCAAGAAUAAUUGCUGGUUCCAGUGUGGGAUCCAUUAUUUGUUCUGUUGUUGCCACUAGAUCGUGGCCAGAGCUACAGAGCUUUUUUGAGGGUUCUUUGCACUCAUUGCAGUUUUUUGAUCAGAUGGGUGGGCUUUUUACUGUUGUGAAGAGGGUCAGGACACAAGGAGCUGUCCAUGAAAUACGGCAGUUGCAAUGGAUGUUAAGGCAUCUGACGAGUAAUCUUACAUUUCAAGAAGCUUAUGACAUGACAGGUCGAAUUCUUGGGAUCACAGUAUGCUCCCCUAGGAAGCAUGAGCCUCCUAGGUGCCUUAACUACCUGACUUCACCUCAUGUUGUUAUAUGGAGUGCAGUCACUGCUUCUUGUGCCUUUCCUGGCCUUUUUGAGGCACAGGAACUGAUGGCUAAGGACAGGAGUGGAGAAAUUGUUCCAUAUCAUCCACCUUUUAAUCUGGAUCCUGAGGAAGGACCAAGCACAUCUGCUCGCCGGUGGAGGGAUGGUAGCCUGGAAAUCGAUUUACCAAUGAUGCAAUUGAAGGAACUGUUCAAUGUCAAUCAUUUUAUUGUGAGUCAGGCAAAUCCUCACGUUGCUCCAUUAUUGAGAAUGAAGGAGUUUGUGAGAGCUUAUGGUGGUAACUUUGCUGCCAAGCUUGCUCAUCUUACUGAGAUGGAGGUAAAACAUAAAUUCAAUCAGGCACUGGAACUUGGUUUUCCAUUGGGGGGACUUGCCAAGCUUUUUGCUCAAGAUUGGGAGGGCGAUGUCACUGUUGUUAUGCCUGCCACACUCACUCAGAUAUCAAAAAUUAUACAAAAUCCAACUGUUCUGGAGCUUCAAAAGGCAAUCAACCAAGGGAGGAGGUGUACAUGGGAGAAACUUUCAGCCAUAAAAGCCAACUGUGGGAUUGAGCUUUGUCUUGAUGAAUGUGUUGCAAUUCUGAACCACAUGCGUAGACUCAAAAGGAGUGCUGAGAGGGCUGCUGCUGCUUCUCAUGGCCUAGCCAGCACAGCUCCCAGCACUGUCAAAUUCAGUGCUUCUAAAAGGAUCCCAUCUUGGAACUGCAUUGCUCGAGAGAACUCAACAGGCUCACUUGAAGAAGACCUCGCUGAUUUUGCUUCCACAUUCCAUCAAGGUGUUGGUGGAUCUGGAUCUGGAGCACCUUCUGGUAGAAAUGUGCGGAUCCACCGUAACAUACAUGAUGGAAGUGAUACUGAAUCUGAAAGUGUAGAUUUAAGUUCUUGGACAAGAUCUGGUGGACCAUUGAUGAGAACUACUUCUGCAGAUCAAUUUAUUGACUUUGUGCAAAAUCUGGAUAUUGAUGCUGAAUUGACCAAAGGCUUGAUGACAAAUUCUAACUCUCCAGGGGCCCAGAUGGUAAUCAGGGAUCCAUAUAAUCAGAUUUCCAGGGUGACAACACCGGAAAGAAAUUCGGAAAACGAAUUUGAACAUAGGGAUUUUAGCAGUAGAUCAUCUGUGAAUGGUUCUAGUAUCACAGUCACUGAAGGUGAUCUUUUGCAGCCUGAAAGGAUCCACAAUGGGUUUGUGCUGAAUAUUGUAAAGAAAGAAAACCUGGCACUCUCAAAUAGGACCCAGGACUUGGAGAACUACAACAAUGAAGUUCCGGAAUGUGUUCAGCUCGACUGUCCAGAAAAGGAUAUGGAUGCUAGCUCAGCAUCUGAAUAUGCUGGUGAUAAUGAUGAUGACGAUGAUGACGAUGUUGAUGAUGAUGCCACUGCAAUGAACUUAUCUAACGAAACAGUUUCUGAUCCUUGUUCCAAGAACCGUCCCUGAAUAUAUGAUAGACAGGAACAAAGUUUUAGGAAAAUUUUCUUUUGCAUGAAACAAUUGGGUGGAGCUGAUUCCAGGAGCACCACGAUUUCAAGUGUUGCUGACUGAUUGCAGCAAGAGCAAAUGUAUCAUUGCUUAAAUGUUCAAGGUUACCAUGAUUUCAAGUGUUAGUAGUCAAGAAGAGUGGAGAAUAAAGAAUCAAUUUUUUCAACAGAA